CGUUCUGCCUCGACGCCAUUUUCACUCCAAAAUUCUCAACAGUAUCGGUUCAUUCAACGACAAUCAUGGCCCACAAGCGCAAGCGUUCCGUCUCUGAGCUCUGCUCCUCACCAUCGUCUGUCUCCUCGUUCGACUCGCCGCCCCGGGCAACCAACGGCCUCACCAACCCCUUUGCCGCGAUGGCAGCAGCUCCGAUUCACCUUCACAGCCGCACGAUGAAGCGGUUCCGCAAUAGCAGACCUUCCGAGAAUGAAGUUCACCAACGUACCCUCAACAUGCUAUUCUCGGCCCAGAGCCAAAAACAUGCAAUGCCUGCACCGGAUCAACUUCAGCCUCAGAAUGAGACCAGCCGCUCUGAAUCAACUCAACAAUCGCUGCAUCGAUUCUGGAACAUCUCUUCCGCCCCUUCCACCUCGACAUCUCACACAAUCCAACCCGAGUCUACACCAUCCGAUUGCGAAGAUUGCGGUGCCUGCCUCGGCGGCAACAGUGGAGAUGAGAUGGACGUCGAUGGAUUCGAAACCGAGGGCCACACCUGUGGUGCAUGUGGCAAGCAUGUUUGCUUCGGUUGCUCCGUCAGCAACCUCGGCGAGCAACGUCGAUGUUUGCAAUGUGCUGGUCGCAAAGUAUCACCCAGCAACAACAGGUGGAACAUGACCGGUUCCAUAUUUUGAGAUUGAACAAAGGGAGGAUAUUACAAUGCGGACAUACUCAAGCGGGCAUAGCAUAAUUUGGGCGUUCACAAUUGGAGGCGUUUUGUCAUUGCAAGCAAGGGUUGGGAUACCAUUUGGGAGGGAUGCAUUCAGGGCAACGUUGCCAUGGGAGAUAGCGUAGAUAGUUAGAUUACGGUUCGUAUUUCAAGAACACGUCAUCAUCAUAAAGAAUGACAAGAUCUAAGUCAAGUUCCUCGUAC